AUAAAUAGAAAAAAAAGAAUGUCCUUUUUAUGUACCAUAAGAACAAAUGUAAAGAGGCAAUAUAUAUAGAGUACUUUUGGGUCCCCUUCCCCUCAUCAUAUUUAUUUUUGUGUUCUUUCCCUCCUCUUCUAAAUGGUUUUUGUAAGGGUAAAACCAAAAUUUCUUCAUCAUUACAUUCUUCUUCUAUAAUUUUAUUGUCACAAAAAAAAAAUUGUAAAAUUUUGAUAAUUUGUUAUGUCUUCACCUCCUCCAUCCCAUGUUGGUGAGGCUUCAACCUCAAGACAAAGAUCAAGGAAUGGUAAUAAUGGGAAUGGGAAUGGGAAUAAUGGGAAUGGUAGUGGAAGUAGUAGAAGUAGAAGACAAAGAAGAAGAAGACCUCAAACUCCAACUCCUUCUCCUCAAGUAGUAGUUAUAACAUCACAAGAAGCUUCAACUUCAACUUACUACAAUUUGAAUGGAGGAGUUUGGCCUGAGCCUUUUGUGGAAUCUCUUGCUCUUCAACUUGCUCUUGAUACUUCUCUUUCUCAUGGCCGUCUUGCUGUUGCUCCUACUCUUGCCAUUCUUUUCCAGGUUUGUACAACAUGGAGAGCUGUAUCACGCUCCGAGCUCCUAUGGCAGAAUCUAGUGCGCAUUGUUUGGAACAGCACAGACCUACACCGUCCUACUUGGCGCGAGGAGUUCAUUUAUCUUCACUCUACCUCUCGCAACUUCCGUGUUAGCCGAUAUUCCUACUACGUUCUUCGGCCUUCCGAUCAUUUAUUAGCUGCAGCCCCUGGUGGAGACGAUGGUGGUGCAGCUGAUCAACUCCCUCUACUGUGCCUUCGCCUUGUGCUUGCUGGCGACCACCUUGCAGUAGGGUUCUCAGACGGUUCUGUGCGCAUCUUUCACCUCCCCUCUCGUCUCCACCUUCAAACCAUUCAUCCUUUGCUCCGUGAUCACCUUGGCUUGUUCUCCCGUGCAGUAUCUGGAAUUGUGCUUCAACCUCUUGCUGAUCGUGUUGUUUUUGCCUCCCUUGAUGGUGAUAUUCAUGUUGCUUCCCCUCUUGGCGGGCCAACCUCAGCCCGCCGAGCCUACUUAGGGGAUGUUGUCAAUGAUGGGGCUUUAGUUGACUUCACUGGUGGUGGUCGGUUUUGGGUCGGACUUUAUGCUGGUGUCCCAGGUAGGGCAUUUCGAGUGUGGGAUGCAGAUUCCGAAGAGCUACUAUUUAUGGGUGGCUCUCUAACUGAUCCAGAAUCUGUUAUGGGGUGGCACAUGCUCACAGAGAUUCGACCCACUGAAUUCGUGGGUAGAAUUCGGGUUGCAUCUCAAGGGCUUGCAGUUGGGGUUACAAGCCUUAGAGCAUUGGUGUUAGACCUAGAGCAGCACGUCGAGGUAAUGGGGGAAGAGACAAGUCGACGAGGCAUCAUUGUUGGAUCAGUUGAUGCCAACGAUGAUGCCUUCGUCAUGGUAGACACUCGUGGGACAGCAAGUGUACGACAGUUGCGUACUCUCGAGGAGAUGUCUCGGUUCUCUGUGUCACAUCGAGGUGGUGGGGGUGCACCAUCAGUACCACUCAGGGGAAUGCUUGGUUGCAUAAAUAACAUGUACGUAAUGAUGUGUGCUGGGGGUACCAUUAGGGUGUGGGAUGCUGCACAGGGUGAGUAUUUGUAUAGUUUGAGAGAGUGGGUAGAGGAAGCAACAGCACUAGCAGCCGAUGAUCGACAUAUUGUCGCGACAUCGAGUGAUUCGACUAUUCACAUGUGGGACUAUGGCGCUUGAUAACAGACGACGGACUGUGUUAUAUAAUGGUUCAAUAUUUGACUGUUUAUGGAAGAUUAGAUAAGAGGAGGUAUAGUUGAGGGAGAUUGGUUGGUUUAUACACUCCAUUUUGCUGACUUGACUCUCUAAUGAAGGCAGAUAAUCAUCCAAUGCAAACCUAAUUUAUUUUUAAGAUUUAUAAUUUGUUAUUGGGGGUUGAAUUUGGGGAUAAAAAUUGUAGUUUGAUUGAUUUUUUCUUCUUCUUUAAGUCUUGGUUCCUGACGAGGGUGGGCUUGGUGAGAUUUGGGAGGAGAGAGAUUCUUAAUUAUUUUUGUUGUAUAGCCCAGAAAGAUCUUAGCAAGGAAAGUGAUUGUGAUUGUUGACUGUGAUAGACGAAAAGAUGAAAGUACUUGUGAGAUCUCACUCUCAUUUGGACCAGUUGAAGGGACUUUUUAUUUUUUAUCUUUUAUGAUUCUUUUCCAUGUUCAUGUUUUUUUUUUUUGUAAUCUUUCAGACGGUACUGCACUUUCUUAUGAGCUCAUGGUCCACUGGUGGUCCAUUGGGCCCUCUAUUAUUGGAAAUCAGAAGUACAUUUGCACGUACAGCUAAUCUAUGAUUAUAGGCUUUAUAGCCUUGCAAAUAUGAAAUAUAUCAUGGACACAAAAUUUUAUUUUUUCAAGGAUAUAAUAUGAAAUAUAUCGUGAUUUUAAUUGGUCUGACUAAAGUGGAGAUUAAGCUGGAAAGCUAUGUCCUAAACUAUUUUUAAAAUUAUUUUUUCAUCAUAUAUUCUUGACAAAUCGACAAAUUCAUCAUAUACCUACAAUGAUUCAUAUAUUCACUACAUACCUUUGUGUUUCUGAAAAAGUUUAUCAAAUGCUCUUUUUCUUAAUUGAC